AUGAAAUUUUAUAAUAAUCUAUUCAUUGUAGUUUCUGGAUUAUUGGUAUUAUAUUUUACUUUGUAUCCAGAUAUUGUAUUAUCAGUCUAUAUUCCACCGGUUGGAAAUGGACAAUACUAUGUACAAUACAGAGUAAUUGGUCAUGUCUAUUUGGAUACCAACGAAAAUGGCGAGUUUGACGAUGGCGAGCAUCUAAUCGAUGGUUUGGAAGUGUUUCUAACCAAGUCUGAUAAACAAAUCGCACAUUUCAGAACAAUGUACGGAGAGGAAUCGUUUAUUAUUCCUGCUUUGCGAGAAGCUCAAUAUUGUAUCACUAUUAAAGACUCUACACUUCACAAGUUUAGUCCGGUCCUCAGCUCCAACAAUAUGCUCUAUCCCAAUGGUUCAUAUUGUUUCGAUCUUAAUCCACAAACUACUACCAACGAACGUGGUCGUGUAUUCCGAUACUUUGCGGGUUUUAAAGAGAAUAAAUAUCCUGUCUCCGUAAUCACAUGGCACGAUGUAAAUCAAAAUGGAUUGAUUGAUGAAGAUGAGCCAUAUUUGCCUGGAAUCUCUGGUGAAAUUAGAUAUGACAAUGAAAAUGGUCCACUCUAUGCUCGUUUCAACACUGGAGAGUUGCAAUAUGGACAUGGUUUCAAUAUCGAGUUGGUUGCAGACAGAGUUUAUUGUAUUAUUUUAAAGGAUCCUUCCGAUACAUAUAAGAUUGAAAAGAAAAUUGGUUAUAGUAAAUUCGAUCCAAUCACUCAAUCCAUUCGAUUCUAUAUGAAUAGAUAUAGAGAUCCUUUACAUAUCCCAGCUGGAUUUAUUUUGAAAAUUUAA